AUAUUUCUCCUCACCUGUCUAUCAAGGUAUGGUGGGAUAUUUCUCCCACCUGUCUAUCAAGGUAUGGCGGGAUAUUUCUCUUUCCUGUCUAUCAAGGUAUGGUGGGAUAUUUCUCCACACCUGUCUAUCAAAGUAUGAUGGGAUAUUUCUCCUCACCUGUCUAUCAAGGUGUGGUGGGAUAUUUCUCCCACCUGUCUAUCAAGGUAUGGCGGGAUAAUUCUCCCACCUGUCUAUCAAGGUAUGGUGGGAUAUUUCUCCCACCUGUCUAUCAAGGUAUGGUGGGAUAUUUCUCUUUCCUGUCUAUCAAGAUAUGGUGGGAAAUUUCUCCUCACCUGUCUAUCAAGGUAUGGUGGGAUAUUUCUCUUCACCUGUCUAUCAAGGUAUGGUGGGAUAUUUCUCCCACCUGUCUAUCAAGGUAUGGUGGGAUAGUUCUCCUCACCUGUCUAUCAAGGUAUGGUGGGAUAUUUCUCCCACCUGUCUAUCAAGGUAUGAUGGGAUAUUUUCCCUCAUCUGUCUAUCAAGGUAUGGUGGGAUAUUUCUCCUCACCUGUCUAUCAAGGUAUGGUGGGAUAUUUAUUCCACCUGUCUAUCAAGGUAUGGUGGGAUAUUUCUCCCACCUGUCUAUCAAGGUAUGGUGGGAUAUUUCUCUUCACCUAUCCUAUCAAGGUAUGGUGGAAUAUUUCUCCCACCUGUCUAUCAAGGUAUGACGGGAUAUUUCUCCCACCUGUCUAUCAAGGUAUGGUGGAAUAUUUCUCCCACCUGUCUAUCAAGGUAUGGUGGGAUAUUUUCCCUCACCUUUCCUAUCAAGGUAUGGUGGAAUAUUUCUCCCACCUGUCUAUCAAGGUAUGGUGGGACAUUUCUCCUCACCUGUCUAUCAAGGUAUGGUGGGAUAUUUCUCCCACCUGUCUUUCAAGGUAUGGUGGAAUAUUUCUCCCACCUGUGGAUCAAGGUAUGGUGGGAUAUUUCCCUCACCUUUCCUAUCAAGGUAUGGUGGGAUAUUUCUCCCACCUGUCUAUCAAUGUAUGACGGGAUAUUUCUCCCACCUGUCUAUCAAGGUAUGAUGGGAUAUUUUCCCUCAUCUGUCUAUCAAGGUAUGGUGGGAUAUUUCUCCCACCUGUCUAUCAAGGUAUGGUGGGAUAUUUCUCCCACCUGUCUAUCAAGGUAUGACGGGAUAUUUCUCCCACCUGUCUAUCAAGGUAUGGUGGGAUAUUUCUCCUCACCUGUCUAUCAAGGUAUGGUGGGAUAUUUAUUCCACCUGUCUAUCAAGGUAUGGUGGGAUAUUUCUCCCACCUGUCUAUCAAGGUAUGGUGGGAUAUUUCUCCUCACCUGUCUAUCAAGGUAUGAUGGGAUAUUUCUCCCACUUGUCUAUCAAGGUAUGGUGGGAUAUUUCUCCCACCUGUCUAUCAAGGUAUGGUGGGAUAUUUCUCUUCACCUAUCCUAUCAAGGUAUUGUGGAAUAUUUCUCCCACCUGUCUAUCAAGGUAUGGUGGGAUAUUUCUCCUCACCUGUCUAUCAAGGUAUGGUGGGAUAUUUAUUCCACCUGUCUAUCAAGGUAUGGUGGGAUAUUUCUCCCACCUGUCUAUCAAGGUAUGGUGGGAUAUUUCUCUUCACCUAUCCUAUCAAGGUAUUGUGGAAUAUUUCUCCCACCUGUCUAUCAAGGUAUGGUGGGAUAUUUCUCCUCACCUGUCUAUCAAGGUAUGGCGGGAUAUUUCUCCUCACCUGUCUAUCAAGGUAUGGUGGGAUAUUUAUUCCACCUGUCUAUCAAGGUAUGGUGGGAUAUUUCUCCCACCUGUCUAUCAAGGUAUGGUGGGAUAUUUCUCCUCACCUGUCUAUCAAGGUAUGAUGGGAUAUUUCUCCCACUUGUCUAUCAAGGUAUGGUGGGAUAUUUCUCCCACCUGUCUAUCAAGGUAUGGUGGGAUAUUUCUCUUCACCUAUCCUAUCAAGGUAUUGUGGAAUAUUUCUCCCACCUGUCUAUCAAGGUAUGGUGGGAUAUUUCUCCUCACCUGUCUAUCAAGGUAUGGUGGGAUAUUUAUUCCACCUGUCUAUCAAGGUAUGGUGGGAUAUUUCUCCCACCUGUCUAUCAAGGUAUGGUGGGAUAUUUCUCUUCACCUAUCCUAUCAAGGUAUUGUGGAAUAUUUCUCCCACCUGUCUAUCAAGGUAUGGUGGGAUAUUUCUCCUCACCUGUCUAUCAAGGUAUGGUGGGAUAUUUAUUCCACCUGUCUAUCAAGGUAUGGUGGGAUAUUUCUCCCACCUGUCUAUCAAGGUAUGGUGGGAUAUUUCUCCUCACCUGUCUAUCAAGGUAUGGCGGGAUAUUUCUCCCACUUGUCUAUCAAGGUAUGACGGGAUAUUUCUCCCACCUGUCUAUCAAGGUAUGGUGGGAUAUUUCUCCUCACCUUUCCUAUCAAGGUAUGACGGGAUAUUUCUCCCAUCUGUCUAUCAAGGUAUGGUGGAAUAUUUCCCCCACCUGUCUAUCAAGGUAUGGUGGAAUAUUUCCCCCACCUGUCUAUCAAGGUAUGGUUGAAUAUUUCUCCCACCUGUGGAUCAAGGUAUGGUGGGAUAUUUUUCCUCACCUGUCUAUUAAGGUAUGACGGGAUAUUUCUCCCACCUGUCUAUCAAGGUAUGACGGGAUAUUUCUCCCACCUGUCUAUCAAGAUAUGGUGGGACAUUUCUCCUCACCUGUCUAUCAAGGUGUGGUGGGAUAUUUUUCCUCACCUGUCUAUCAAGGUGUGGUGGAAUAUUUCUCCCACCUGUCUAUCAAGGUAUGGCGUGAUAUUUAUCUCUACCUUUCCUAUGGUGUUCAGUUUCCUAGACACAAUAUAAUGACUACCUGUAGUUGAUCUGAUAUGUCACAGGUUUUUGUGAUAUGUACAGUAUAAGUUUACUCGUGGAAUGAAUUUAAUUCUGUGUUCAGUGUAUGUAGCAAACUGUUCAGGUGCUGUUACCAAUAUUAAAUUCCACUGCUUUAUAA